CCCUGGUUAUGUGCUUUGACGAUCAGUUCUAUACUUACAAGGGUGAAGGAGAGAGCUUGAGAUUGGUGCUGCAAGACCUGAUCAUUUUGACAUCUUUAGAUAAGGGCUCAACCGUCGCUAUGCGUCGCGCUGUCUUCUUCUUCCUGUUCGGCGUCGUCCUCCCGAUCGUCACGUCUCUCGUCACCUACACGCUUGUCACCCUCGAGUCGGACCCACUCAACCUGGACGAGACCGGCGCCCUCAUCCUCACCAUCGCUCUCAUUAAGAUUAUCAUUCUGGGCGGCACCGGAGUUUUCCCCAUUGACAUCAACAAACUCUUCGACAACAUCGUCAUGAGAGGGAAAAGGUCGACGAUGAUCUCUUCUGAAGCAGUGUAUGAUAACAGCACUCUGUAUCAGGUGCCCGAGGUUGUCAGGAUGCCCUGCAUACGGAGGCUCCUGUGCCACAUGGAGAUGGCGGCGAGGACCAGCGAGAACUACCUGCCGAAGGAGCCGGCAGUCAUCGAGGGAAGGAACCUGGAGGAGGAAGUGGCGCCCGAGCCGGCAGACCCAAUCACUGAGUUGCAAAUUGAAGCCGUCAGGGCGCUGUUCAAGGAGGAAGACCCUACUGGUGACCUGUCGCCCCGAGGGAACAGAGCGCUGAAAGUGAUCGAAGGUCUGACGGGGGAGACGUGUGAAGCUGCCUACAACCUCUGUCCUGGACGGUUCACCAUCCCAGGCCUCUACAGAACGCUUUUCGACGAGAUGAACUUUGCUGUUCAUGAGUUUUACUGAACUUCUGUUCCCAUUACUAGACGGACUGAAUCCUAAUGGCAUUAUGACAAUGGCAU